ACUUAAUAUUAUAAUAAGAAUUUUGGGUUUUUAGCCGUUUAAAAAAUUUAGUCUCCUCCGAGUGUUUGAACGAUACGAACAUUCAUCGUCAUGAGCAAGUUGACCCUCUUCUAUAACAUUGCAAGUCCACCGGCAAGAUUUGCUGUUGUGACAGCAUCGCAUUUGGGGCUGGACGUUGAUUUGAAGUCAGUAAAUUUAGGGGAAGGUGAACAAUUCAAGCCAGAAUAUUUGGCGAUCAAUCCAGCUGGAACUGUGCCCGCACUACUCGACGGAGAUCUGAUGAUUUCCGAUUCGAGUGCAAUUUCUAUCUAUCUUGUCGACAAAUAUGCCAACGAUGAUUCGUUGUAUCCGAAGGAUCCGGUAAAACGAGCAAAAGUUAACGAAAAACUAUUUUAUAUUGCGGGAACAGUCUUCCAAACUGGAACUCUUAUCAUUUUCCCAGUCAUUUUUGGUUCUUCUACUGAAAUCAAUCAGGACGUGGUCAAGAAAUUUGAUCGAAUUUUCAAAACUAUCGAAACGUUCUUGAGCGAGACCAAGUUUAUCGCUGGCGACUCGUUGACACUUCCAGAUCUGUUUUUGUGGAGUCUUCUCGAAUCAGCCACAAGACUUAUCCCAUGUGAUCCGGAACGGUGGAAAAACACGAUGGAUGGUUAGAGCGGAUGAGGGAGC